UUGGAGCUACACAGAUGAGCAAAAAGCAUCAUUUUGCUGAACGCUAUUAAAGCUAGUCAAGAUAAAGCAGACUUAAUUUAUUACAUAUGAAGAUUAUGCUCAAUGUUUAUAGGGCCUCAAGGUCAAAUUCAUUUCCUCAAUCUUUUAGUCGACCUGUUUUGCUUUCUCCGCCUUCUUUUUCAGUCACAUCUCAUACAAGGCGACACGCGUGUCUCAUUCCAGUGACUCCAGGUAAGCUGCUUUUGAUUCAAAACAUUUCUGCAAGCUGCGUGAUUUUCUAUGUGCAUCCUCUGUUAAGUGACUUUGCUUUGUAAAGCUGCAUCGUAUGGAUAGAAAUAUUUGGAAUGUUAGGUCACUGUUGUGUACGUGUGCGAGAGGAAGACCAAAGAGGAGAUUUAUGCACAUGGUGAAUAAGGACAUGAGGUUUGUAGGUUUGAGAGAAGAGGAAGCAGAGAACACGGUGAGAUGGAGGAAGAUGAUCUGCUGUGGUGACCCCUGAAGGGAGAAGCCAAAAGGAGAAGAAGAAGAAGAAGGUCGCUGUCGUGAGAGAAUGUUGAGAUUUCAAUGUUAUACACCUGAUCAGGAACAACAAAGAGUUUCUAUUUCAGAAGUUCUAAACCAAUCUUUGUCCGACACUAACUCCAGUAUUUAUUUGUUGGCAGCGUGUGGAAGCGAGCACAUUUUAUCGUUGUGGUCCAACUGGCAGGAUCUUGUUGAGUUGAUUGAAGUGAAUUUCACAUUCUCCAACUGUUUAUAUCUUCCAAGUGGUUCAUAAAUAGCGUUACAUUCCUUCAUCCCGGAUGUCUGGACCCUCUGUUGACCCUGAAAAUGGUCCUGGACAAGGGACGGUGACCAUUCCUAGAAUAAAUGGUCCCGACUAUAUGUGGUGCUCUUACUGCAAGAGGAACAUCUGCACUGAUGUUGGAUUCAAAAGAGGCAAACGGGCUUGGAUUACCUUCGGCAUCAUGGCGCUGUUUUUGUUGUGGCCGUGGUGUUUGAUCCCGCUCUUCGUGAAUAAAUGCAAGGACGUGCAGCAUUCCUGCCCCAUCUGUCAAGGAGUCCUGUAUCAACACCAGCGCUCCUGCUGUUUGGUGGGCAACGGCUAACAGGCUCGCAAGUGCCGCGUGUUUAGUGAUCGGACAUGACAGGAUGGAUGUUUCUGUAGAGAAACAGUGAGUUUGCACCUGCAACCUUUCCCAACUUGAGGUGGAUUCUCUCCCUUUCGUGCUGCUACUUUGACCAAACGGGAUCCAGUUCUUUGACCACUGUUACACUGGUUUGAUGCAAACCUGCUUCUUAGAUACAGUUUCUAUGUAUUUAUUUCAAAAGUCCUCAGCAAGCCACGCUACAUGACACUGAGCACUGUUGCUCUUUUGUGCUCGUCGCUCAAGCUAAAUAUACUUCUCAACUCAAAAGACAACAUUGUCUAUGACCUUUCAACCCGCCUAUAUAGCAUUUAUAAACUUCUUUUCUAAAAAGGCCUUUUUAUACACUGACUUUUGUUGUUGACGUUUCUUUGUAGUGUGUCAUACAGUAUGACGUUUUUACAGGACCUUGAAAUGCUAUGUUUCA